AUGGGUAACUACCUAGUCGGCAUCGCGCCGAGUGAAAUCUACCCGGUGGAACACUAUUUGCGAGAUCACAAUGACAUCAAGUUCGAAAAGAGCUUGGGGAGUACGAGAUUUUUCAAAGUGGCCAGAGCUAGGAACCAAGAAGGUCUGAUAGUGGUGAAAGUGUUUGUGAUUCAUGAUCCAGCUUUGCUUUUGCAACCUUACAAAGAUAAAAUUGACGAAAUAAGAUCAAAGCUAGCCUCUGCUGUCAACUGUUUACCGUUUCAAAAGGGGAUAGUUGGCGAAAAGGCAUGUUUUCUCAUGAGACAGUACGUUCAUCACUCGCUUUAUGAUCGUAUCAGCACAAAGCCAUUUUUAACGAAUUUGGAAAAAAAAUGGAUCACUUUUCAAGCUCUAUGUGCUGUUCAUCAAGCUCACAAGUAUGGCGUCUGUCAUGGAGACAUAAAAACCGAGAACAUUAUGAUUACCAGUUGGAAUUGGAUUCUACUGACAGAUUUUGCUAGUUUUAAGCCAACCGUGGUUGCUAAAGAUACUCCCGCUGAUUUCUCUUAUUUUUUCGACAUGUCUAGAAGAAGGGCAUGUUACGUAGCUCCAGAACGUUUUGUCAGAACGAUAACUUACGAAGUUGAUAAUACGAGCAAUGCCCUGUUCUCAGAUCAGGAUCUCAAAAUUGGAGACUUGCAUCCAAUGAUGGACAUAUUCUCCCUUGGGUGUGCACUAAUAGAAUUGUACAACGAAGGACGUCCGCCUUUUGAUUUUCCUGGGCUCUUAGGGUACAGAAAUAUUGGUGAAAAUUUUCCAACAAAGUUCUUGAACAACAUUGAUGACGAAGGCAUCCGCGACAUGCUGACUUCGAUGAUCCAAAGGGAUCCUGCUAAUCGCAAAAGCGCGGAAAUAUAUUUGGAACAGGCUCGUGGCACCGUUUUUCCCGAGUACUUUUACAGUUUUCUUCAGCCGUACAUGCAGAUAUUUUCUGCGCCGCCUAUUCUCACUCCCGACGAAAAAAUUAAUCGCCUAAAGACUGACAUUGCCAAUAUUAUGGACGUGUACAAACAGGGCUAUAAGGAACAAAAUAAUGAAAAAAAAGAAACUGGUAAAGAAGAAAUGGAGGAAAGCAAAAGUGGGCCAACCAAAGAGGAUUCUGGUCAAAGCGAAGAGUGUACUGUUGUUGAAGACGCUAGUAGAGACCAAAGUAGUGAUGAGCUAACAAAAAUAGGAAGCAAUGACAAAGAAAAACUAUCCACGAAGUGCGAGACUGAAUCAGACGUUAACUUGGAGAAGGAAAAAAAGACUGAUGAGUCCAAAGACGUUAAUCAGGAGGAACAAAUUCAGGACGAUUCCAAGAAACCAGAGAUUCAAGUUACGAAAACAAAGCAGGAUCUCGAGGGUGAAGAAUUUUUAGCUAUGAUUACGCAGCUAGUAACCUCUUGUAUCCGAGGUCUGCAGCAUCCAGAUUCCAAAAUUGAAACUCUAGGGAUCCUCAUUCAGUUGGCUGAGAAAACAUCGGAGGAAACGGUUCUAGACAGAAUUCUACCUUACAUUCUUCACCUGAUAAACGAUCCAUCGUCACGAGUUCGCGUGCAAGCCAUCCACACCCUCACCAAGUGUCUCACCCUCGUGAAAAACGUGCCGCCUACUGAUAUCAACAUCUUCCCUGAAUACAUACUGCCGGGAUUAGCUCACUUGCCGCAAGAUACUUCCGUAAUCGUUCGAGCUGCUUAUGCCGAAAAUAUCGCUGACAUAGCCAAGAUAUCGCUGCGCUACCUUGACAAUUCUUUUAGCACCCUGACCGAAAACAAAGAACUUCAGGACAACGAGGCCAGCUACGACACUCCUCAGAGGAAUUACGACAGUGAGCUUCAGACUUUGCACGACAUGGUCCAGGCGGCGGUGUCCAUGCUGUUGGCAGAUCAGGAUAAUUUGGUCAAGAGGACACUGAUGGAGAGCGGCUUGGACAAGCUGUGUAGGUUCUUUGGAAAGCAGAAAGCAAACGACGUGCUGCUUAGCCAUCUAAUUACGUUUCUCAAUGAUAAGGGUGACAAGGAGUUACGCAGCUCGUUUUUCGAGUGCAUCGUCGACGUAGCAGAGUACGUUGGUUGGCACUGCAGUCCCAUACUCAUGCCCUUGCUCCAGCAAGGUCUGACAGAUACAGAGGAAUUCGUCAUUCCUUAUGCUAUAAACGCCAUGGCUACGUUGACUAAGCGCAGUCUGCUCCACAAGUCGGCUCUGUACCAAUUGUUAGCGGAAACUGUUAUAUUUUUGGUUCAUCCAAAUUUAUGGAUAAGGCACGCAACAGUCGGAUUUGUCUCGGCAGCAGCUAGUUCGCUCUCACCCGUCGAUGUGCAAAUCAAAGUUCAUCCAAUGAUAGAGCCUUACUUGAAACAAAAACUCUUCCAAGUAGACAAAGAGUUUCUGGUGUUUGAGGCCUUGGUUCAACCAAUACCUAGGGCAGUUUUUGACGCUGUGGUCAAGUACAACGAUAUAGAGGACCUUUUUCAGGUGUUUGAGCAAAGACGAAUCGCGAGAGCUAAGGCUACCACCGGCAUUAUGCCUCAGUACAAUGAUAUGUGUACAUCUUUGCGUAACCUCUUUAGGCGCUUGAAUUCCGAACAUAUGACGGAAACAGUUGAAGACCAAUUGCUUGCGAUGAAGUCUCACAUAUUGAAAAUAAGCAAUUAUCAAAAGUCAGAUGCAAAGAAAAAUGUAGUUUCUCAUGACGGACGCAUCGAUAUUUCGCAUAUGAAGCAUAAGAUCAUUUAUAAAUGUGUGACUCUAAGUUCGGAUUUUAAGAGCAACGUACCUAUGCCCACAACGUUAAAAAAGGUCGAUCGUCGUAUGGCUGACGGAGCUUCGUACGCUACAAUGAACCAAGAGUGGCGAAACAUGUUCGCUGCUCAGGAAAGUGGUCAGACUUCAGUGAAAAUGUCAGAAAUAAGCAGUGGGAGUCCGAGCCACAGCGUAACUGUAGGUGACAUGAGGAUGUCGCCGCAGCAUAGUCUUACAGACACUAUGAACAGUAACAACGACCACUCGCUUCACGAACGUUCCUAUAUUCAGUACAAAGAUACUCCCUGCCAAAUCGCAAUCAAACAACUUGAGAGCAGAAAACAAGCACAAUAUGCUGCAGCUGUGAAAGCUCAGCAUUUCGUUGAUAAUAUGGAAUGGCAACAAAAAUCAAAUCUUCUACCCACCGGUUGGAGGCCGAAAGGAGUUCACGUAGCGUUUUUACACGAACACAAAGGAAGUAUCAAUCAGAUAGUUGACGUACCAAACAGCAAUCUCAUUGCCAGCAGUUCGUCCGACGGUAGUGUUAAAAUUUGGGAUAUCAGCAAAAUGGAGGGCAAGAACAUAUGCAAUCGCUCCAAACAGUCGUAUCACACAAAAGACAGUACAUACAUUGGUUUGGUGUCGUGCGAACAGGGCCAGUCGUUAGCAACGACGUGUCCGACGGCGGGGACGGUGUUUGUACUGCGUAUUGAGCCAGGCUCGAACAAAUUAAGCUUGCAACAAGCGCGCCAACUAGAUUCUAACGAAGAGGGCUAUGCAGUUGAUAUACAGUAUUUGGAUUCAGGCUCGCAGUCGAUGCUGGUCUAUGCGACACUGUACGGCCACUUGGUUGGAUGGGAUCUUAGAUGUCCGGGAGUUGCCUGGCGUCUGGAAAACGAUCUGAAGUAUGGCGUCAUCACCUCUUUCUGUAUAAAUAACUAUCAGCAAUGGCUGGCUUUGGGCACUAGUUCAGGUGUACACAUUGGUUGGGAUCUACGAUUCCAAUUAGCUAUCACUAAUAUCAAACAUCCGUCUAAUGCUCGGGUUAGGAAAGUAAUAACGCAUCCAACGGAGCAUUCGUGGGUGAUAUCGGCAGUUCAGGGUAACAACGAGAUAUCCAUGUGGGAUCUGGAGACCAAGUCUCGGCGGCAAGUACUUUGGGCCUCGAGCGCGCCACCUCUGAGUCGUUCACAAGGUGGUCACAGCGUUUGUGCCAUGCACACGGCCUACUGCAAUCAAUCGGGUUUCCUGCUGGCUAGUGGCACGGACAUGCGGGUGCGCUACUGGAACUUAUCGAAACCUACUGAAUCCUUUGUCAUGCUCCCUGCUGCCAAUGACACGAUUGUACCGACUUCUUUGUGCUACGAAGAUAGACUUGUAGAUGGUACACACGUAGUACAAGAAGUGCUGGCGAGUGGAGACGUCGAAUCGAGCGCAACUAGUGGAUCAAAACAAAUGAUGAGCCAUAGCAAGCUCACAAUGGAAGAAGGUUGCGGUCAAGGUCCGGAACCACCGCGUACUGGUCAUCACGACAGCAUCUCCGCGAUAACCAUGUCGAAUACAAACAUCGUUACUGGCAGCUGUGAUGGCCUCAUACAAAUCUGGAAGUGAUUCGACAUGUGUGUUCGUCACGCCGGUGUGUAAUGGUGACUUUAUGCUUCUGAACGUUUACCUUAUUUACGUAUAUAUUGCUCUCGUCUUCAAGGAAGGUGAAUUUGAAGAAAGUGCCUUCUCAUAAAAAUACCAAUAUUCUAUUAGUGUGGAAACAGAAGGAAAUCAUUCGAGUGCGAUGAAAAAUUUGAUACUAAUCCUACACAAAUCCAUUCUUGGCUAGUGCAAUGAAAAUAGUCGAGUUGUUCCAUUUUAUGUCAGGGCAAAACGAUUAUUUGGAUUUUUUUGACUGAUUAGAUUUUUUACUGACUAUAUGAUAACUUACUCAAAUUACUUGCGUGGAUGUAGAUGCAACUAAAAAACCAAUGUGGAUAAUUAUUAAACUAUGUUAAUAAGCGAGUGAUUAUUCCAUCAGUUACAUGGAUAAAACGAUAUAGUCAUGGCAGGUCGGAUUUUUAUGCAAGCAAAGUACUGUGAUUACUUGGUGUAACAAUGUUAGACUUGCAAAUUCAAAUGAUUACUGUGAACGUGAAUUAAAAAAUUUUUUUCCAUACAGAAAAAAUUAUUUUUGUAAAUAUUGCGUGAUUGCAUAAAAAAGAUACCUAGCUUUUUUGAUUAUGUUAAUCGAUAUCCAGUUAAAUGCAGAUGCAUAUUAAAAAAUGAUGGCUACUAAAAAUAAUGGUCAUAUCUUAUUAGUUUUUGACUUUUAAUAAAUUCUUUAUCGUUGAGUAUUAUUACCACCUUACACUCUGUAAAAACGAUGUUUAUUAUUAUAUAAUUUUAUAUGUUAAAAUUUUUUUAAUGACGCUUAUUAUAAAUGUCAGGAUAAAGUAUAAAACAAAAUUUUAUUGAAAACAGUUUUUGAUUUUUAUAAUUUAUAUUUUGUUUGGAAAUUAAAUAUCGUUGUACUGUUAAAAAAAAUUGGCAUUAUUUUUUUCAUUAAUAGUUCGAAAUCUAUAGGUACA